GCACACGCGACACGUGCGUGGAAAACUCCGUAUUGCUGCGACAUUGUGCAUUGUGAAAAGUUGAAACCGUUGAAACUGUUGCAGCUGGAAUAAAAUAAUAAUAGACACUGAGUGUCAGCAGCUGCCGGGAAAGAUGCAACGAGAGAACGCCUACACCAAGGAGGCCGCCCUGAAGAAUCUGGCGAGGCGCGAGUUGGCCAACGGGUUGGACAAGGAUCCAAUUUACAAAUUGCGCCUGCAGUGCUUCAGUCGCGGAGCUACCGGCAUCUUGGGUCUGUCCAGAUCAUUUCGGGUGAUGGACGACGAUGGCAGCAAAACUCUCAGCGCCGAGGAGUUCAAAAAAGGAGUCACGGAUAUUGGUCUGGAGCUGAGUGAUUCCGAGAUAGACGAGAUGUUCACCAGCUUCGACACAGAUGGAAGUGGCAAUAUUAACAUGACAGAAUUCCUGGUAAAACUGCGGCCUCCUAUGAAUAAUUCGCGUAUCAGCAUUAUCGAAAAGGCCUUUGAUAAGAUGGAUGCCGACGGCGAUGGCCAAAUAACUGUGGCCGAUUUGAAGAAUGUCUAUUCGGUGCGCGAUCAUCCAAAAUACCUGAGUGGCGAGAUGACAGAGGCUCAGAUUUUCACGGGAUUCCUCAAGAACUUUGAGGUCGGCGCUCCGAAUCCGGAUGGCAUCGUGACCAGGGAGGAAUUUAUCAAUUACUAUGCCACUAUCAGCGCUUCGAUCGAUAACGAUGCCUAUUUCGAUCUGAUGAUGCGACGCGCCUACAAACUCUAGAUUGUGUUCCUCUUAGAAGUUAAAAGUUUAACGUCCAUUUGCCGUCUUUGAAGCUUGAUCCGUUGAUUAAAUUGCGCACAUGUAAUAAUAACUAAACGCCAGGCCAAUGUUUUAAUUAAAUUUACUAGUAAUGUUG